AUGGCAGAGCCAUCAUUUGAGGAAUUAGAUGCAACCACUGAAAAUACUGAGAGAGAAGAGCUCAUCAGACGAGUGCUUGAUUUACAGUCGCAAUUGAAAGUAAUGCUAUCUCGGGUAGACAGCGCACGAAAUGAUUAUAAAUCUCUUUCAACGGAAAAUCAGCUAUUACAAAAGUAUAUAAAUAACUCUCUUACAUCAACUGCUGUGUUUGGAGCGACAAACGGAGCGAUUAAUUCUAACAACUUGAGCUUACAUUCACCUGGAAAUUCACCACGCUAA